ACUAGUGGUGAUUUUAGGGUUUUGGCUCAAAUGGCAGCUAACGAGGGAGAAGAGGAGCUUCUUCUUGGAGCUCAAGCGCGCAAGAAGGAGGGAUUCACGGCGUCCGUGUCGCAAUACGUGCGCGCGAUGGAUCCGACCGUGUGGCAUAAGGUAGCGGCAUUCUCCGGAAUGGCCGCCGUGGGGCUUGGAACGUAUGGAUCGCAUAUGUACAAGCCAAAGAAUCCCGUUUACAAGGAGGUUUACAACACCGCGGCAUUGUAUCAUUUGAUGCACACGGCGGCGCUGGUCGCGGCUCCAGUUGCCAAGCAUCCUCACGUCUUUGGUGGUCUUCUAUCGUUUGGAAUCGUCGCUUUCUCUGGAACCUGCUACACUGUAGCGAUUCUAGAGAACCGCAAGUAUGCGUUUUUGGCGCCUUUUGGUGGAGCUUCGUUCCUUGCUGCCUGGGCAUCGCUGCUCUUCUGAAAGUUCCAAACAGGAUAUAAGUGAAUUGUCUGAAAAAAAAACCUUUUUUUAAUCGAUUCACGAAUUAUAGUGUCAGAAUUUUGAUUCA